UCGAAUGACCGAUUAUUUUUCAUUCGAAUGAUCCCAUCACUAAUAAAAACAAACAUUUGACUGACAAAAAAUAGCCACAAAAAGUUGGACGAAGGUUAAAUUUGUAUAGAUGUAUAGUUGUUUUUAUUUUUGUCGUAUGAACUCAUUAUGAAGAUCUCGUAUUACUUAAUUAUAUUUACACACAGACAGGUCUAUAAAGUUACAGACCUGCUGUUAAAAUUCAUAUAAAACAAGAUAUUUAGAUAGUUUUUUAUUAAUGUUUGGAACAACUACAAUGAAAAUUGAAUUAAUCAUCUUCCAGUAGAGCUUAUGGUGAUUAUCUCCCAAUCAGUAUUGAUUGCAAAUAAGACUGAAUAUUUGAAGGAACCUAUGACUAUAUACAUUCUACACCAAAAUGUGCUGCAUUUGCAAAGCAAUCAACUGGGUUUGCACAUUAAUUUGCUUGAUUAUAAUUGUUGCAAUUAUAACAGGUGCAGUAUUUUUAGUUUUGUACCUGAAGAAAGAAAAUAUAAUUAAAUUUUAACAAAUGUACUGAUAUUAGAGUAAAUUUUAGUUUUAUAAAACUUAUACUGUAGCACAUCACAAACAAUGCUCAUUUUAGGUGUAUUCAAAAAUGAGUUUAAUAAACUGAUUUAGUUACAUUGCUCAAUUUUUAUUUAUCUACUACUAGCAUACAGCCAAUAAGGUAUUGAGAAUUUCAAAUUGAAAUAUAUAUUUUUGACAUGACAUUUAUCUAAAUAGGUCGCACAAUUAUCUGCAAAC